AUGAAAGGCCCCCUGCUCCUGCCCCUUCUCUUGCUGGGGAAUGAUGCCCCCAGUCUGGACAGCUGGGAGACCCAGGCAGACCUGAGUCAGAAUCUGGAAUGUUCAGGAGAGCAGGAGAGAGAUUCGGCCCUGACCCAGAAGGUGAUUCAGUCAGAGGGAGAGGAGACCGAGCCUUCCAGCUAUCGGGACACAUUUGAGGAUGAGGAGGCCAUGGAUUCUGACCCAGCUGCCCUAGACAAGGACUUGCAGUGCUCCAAGGAAGAGGACACAGUUUAAAUCCCGUGAAGUCCUAGGUGCAAGACUUGCCACUUCCUGUUGAAUGUCUGCAGAAGAUGCUACAGGGGCAACGUCAUCUCCGUACACAACUGCAACUUAGGUUAUCGCAUCCUGUGCACAGGGGUCAACGAAGGCCAGGUCUGGAUCAGAUGCGUGCUCAAGAGCUGGUUCCUGUGCUGGAGAUUUCAGUGGACUGAUGGGAGCUGCUGGAAUUUUGGAUACUGGGCCCCAGGGCAGCCUGCGAAUGGGGAAGGCAACCGUGUGGCCUUAUGCACCAGGGGGGGACACUGGCAGCUGACUUUAUGUGAAAGGCGUCUGCCCUUCGUCUGCUCCUUCUAAGCCCGAGGUGCGGAGCCCCUGUAUCGGAGCCCCCUCCCUUCGCACCCCCCUGGCAGCCCCUGGGCCCUCCAGGCUCUGUCCCCCAGCCUCUUCUGGCCAUAAACCCAGACUUCGCACAGCAUUCCCCAACUUUGUCUCAUUAUUGUGCACGUUGGAGGACUGCCGGUGGAGCCGCGUGGCAGGCUGGGAUGCGCGGCUGGAGCGGCUGGGCUGCCCAGUGGGCUGGUGGGCUCCCCACGGCCCUUCUCUGCCAGGCCUCCUCCUCCUCCACCCACUCCCUGAGGCACCAGGGGACCGCCUCAUUGGUGUGCAGCUGGAGACUGGCCCUCCUGCUUUGCUUGGCUCCUGUAUGGGCUGCGGGGUGGAGGAGGGAGUGGGACAGCUUUCCAAUGUGGAAGGGAUGUCGCCCAUUCAAGAACUGGGGUGCACAGGGGGCAUAGUGAGAUCCCACCUGGGGGAGCCCCGUGGGAAGGAGGAAGUCUCUUUUGUCUAGGGCGGCUAGCUCCUCUGACCCUGGGUCUUCUUGGCCUCUUGGAUGCUGGCCCCUGUUUUCUAUUUUCCCAGACACCUGUGGCUGAGUUCGAAGUCCCCAGCAGCAGGAUGACAGGCCUGGGCACGGCAAUGAACGUUGCCAAUGCCAGGCCCAGGGACUGUCUCUGGGCGUAGAGGCCUCUCCUCAGGAGGGGACGGUCCAUUUGCCUUGGAUGGACACAGAGCCAGGAAGCUUCUAAUCACAGCGUGUUGGUCUUCCCAGGGACAAGAAAGGGCGCUGCCUGGGGUUCAGACCUCCCCCCAGGUCCCUUCCUUGCAUACUCUACCAAGCUAAUGCUUGAUGCUUGGCUUCUAAGAGAACAGUGGAACCCCACUGUGGGUGGAGGGAGGAUGGUCGGUAAGGGGAGAUCUGUAUAGGGAGCUCUGGGAGCUGUAUCUUGGCUUUUAUCAGCCUCCACUUAUCUCCUGGGUGGGGAAUGGGCUGUAGCCAACACCAGUAGCCCCACAUCUUGACAGCCAACAUGAGAGAGAGAGGGAGGGAGGGGAGUGGAGCGGGGCUCAGACCCCUCCAGACUGAGGCUCGCUUGAGG